CCAUAAAGAUCUUGAAAAUGCUCAACUAUGAUAGGUAUUAAUGUUGCGCCGGGUCAAAUGGCAACUCAUCGUAAUGACUUGACCUACAAUGGUUUCGCAUGGACUGCGGACAAGGCUAUAGAUGGAUGUUAUGACAGAGAUAAUCCGGAUGUUUCUCGAUGCUGUAGUUGUAGUGAACAAGUCGUUCCUGGUGAUAAUUUCUGGCAGCUUACAUUUUCUCAAACACAAGCACUUAUGAAAAUAAAUAUAUUUGGACGAGGAGAUUUUGGAUCACAGUUGGAUGACUUUAUGCUAUACAUAAAUGAUACCACAGGGUCUCCAGUUUUUGAUGCUUCAGGGAUACAGUUCACAGACGGUAUAUACGAGAUUGUACUUGAACCGGAAGAACAUGCUAACGCCAUUAUUGUAAAGCGUCCAACUGGACCCGAAUAUACUUACAUCUCUCUAUGUGAAGUCGAAGCUAUUUCCGCUUGUGAUGACGGUUUCUUUGGUAACCAGUGUGAAAAUAAAUGCGGUAAAUGUUUGGACAAAGAAGCAUGUUAUAAAAUCACAGGAACCUGUCCUAACAAAUGUGCAGCCGGAUAUCAGGGAACACAAUGCUUCACUGAAUGCGUCAAUGGUACAUACGGAGAAAAUUGUCAAGAGUUUUGCGGGAACUGUGAUGCUGGGGCAUUUUGUAAUACUAUUACCGGGUCCUGUCCCUUAGGAUGUGCCCCUGGUUGGAAAGGCGAGUUAUGCAAAACACCAUGUGAUGUAGGCGAGUAUGGCGCCAACUGCCAGAAUCCAUGUGGACAAUGUGCCCCACCCACCACUUGUAAUGCACUUACAGGGAUAUGUGAGAGCGGGUGUGCCCCAGGAUGGGAUCCGCAGGAUUCCAUGUGUUAUACAGAAUGUGCAGAUGGAUAUUACGGAGCAGGCUGUACAACGCCGUGUGGUAAUUGUUUAAUGGAUGGUAUAUGUGAUAAUGAGAAUGGAACUUGUCCUGGACAGUGUGAUCCUGGCUUUCAAGGAGAAUUGUGUAUACAGCCAUGUUUUGAUGGUAACUACGGUAUCGAUUGUUUGGAAAUAUGCGGGCGGUGUCAGGGAGCAGCAGCAUGUAGUAUUUUUAAUGGAGAUUGUCCCGGUGGCUUAUGUGAUCCUGGCUUUAUCGGCACUAAUUGUAAACAAGAUUGCCCCGAUGGAUUUUACGGAUUUGGUUGUUCUCAGCGAUGUGGAAAUUGUUCUCAAGGUGCGAGUUGUAACAAGGAAAACGGCACAUGUCCAGGACAGUGUGACCCUGGAUGGCAAGGUCCAUUGUGUAAUCAAGGUUGUUCAGAUGGCAGUUAUGGUGUUGAUUGUAUGGAAUCAUGCGGCCCGUGUCUCGGCGGCGCCGCGUGCGAUGAUAUCACGGGAGAUUGCCCGAGCGGUUUGUGUGAUGCGGGCUUUACUUCAUCAAAUUGUAAACAAGAAUGUCCCGCUGGAACAUAUGGCUUCCAAUGUGCCGGAACAUGUAGUAACUGCUUAGCAGACGAAACUUGUUAUCAUGUCAACGGAACAUGUUUGAAUGGUUGUGCUGCAGGAUUUCAAGGGUCGCUGUGUGAUUCGGCGUGUCCUACUGGGCUAUACGGCUUGAACUGUGAAUUAAUCUGUGGACAAUGCGAGUUUGGAGUUACAUGCAAUGCUGUGAAUGGAAGUUGUCCUGGUAAUUGUGCAGCAGGUUGGCAGGGACCAAAUUGCAAACAAGCGUGCAGUCCCGGUACAUAUGGAACAAACUGUCAAUCACCUUGUGGACAAUGCGAAUCUGGUGCCGAUUGUGAUUCAGUUAAUGGGGCGUGUCCUGGAAACUGUGCUGCAGGCUGGGAGGGUACAAACUGCGACCAGGCAAUUCCAAGCACAACUACUGUACCAACGACCACGCAAGGUGAAAGCACGACUCAGACAGCACCUACCACAACACAAGAAACAACACAGCCUACAACGAGCAGUACAACACACGUUCCUACAACUUUAACAACACAAGUAACAACAGAAAGGUCAACAAUAAACACGGGACAGACUUCAACUCUAAGCCCAACGACCAGUUCUACACCGUCUACAACACAAGGUCCCACCGCUGAUUCAACAACAACAACAACAGCAGCAACGUCACUUUCCACAACAACACAAGCAGACGUAACAACAGACAGUGGAACUAGUUCAAGCACACACUCUGCAACGCCCACUGACAGACCGACCGAAAGCACAUCUGUAAACCCACCAACAGUAUCUACACAAAGUUCCACUGAAUCCCCUACACAAGGAUCCACGGCUGGUCCAACACAGGGUUCCACAGCUGGUCCUACACAGGGUUCCACAGCUGGUCCAACACAGGGUUCCACAGCUGGUCCUACACAGGGUUCCACAGCUGGUCCUACACAGGGUUCCACAGCUGGUCCUACACAAGGAUCUACUGGUGGAUCUUCGUCAGGAUCGUCAACGGGUACAACUAUGGAUCCCUGGAAUACAGCGCCAUCUUUUACCAUAUCUGGUAUAUUGGUAUUCGUCUCGGGUGUCACGUUUUUGUUUCUUUGCAGCGUAAUGUGAUGUUAGACGAUUGAAUAAACAGUUGCACACGAUUGUUGUUUAAUAACUGGCUGUUAUUAAAUGCAACAUUGUUGUUAUUACUUGAGAUUUGACCAUACUCGACAAAAAUGUGUCUAUGGAAGUGUUAUGACUAUGUUAAUGCAGAGAUACAUUCGCACAAGAUGUUAACUAUUAUAUUGUUUCUGAUAAAUCAUCUUCAUUUUGUUGAAGACAUUCAAAUGGCACGUAACAGAACAAUUUUGCAAACAAUACUAUGUAUCUGCCCUUUGUUAUUUCUACAUUCAACAAUUAUUUGAAGUGAUAUAACUAUCUUGAUGAUCACUGAUGACUCUUGAAUUUUUGUUAAAUGGAGAAAUGUUUUUGUAUAUUUCUUUUUCAUUUUAUUUCACUUUAAAUAAAAAUCUAU